GCCGCACCUUGUUCUGAGUGGGUAGAUUGGGCCUGUAGAAACUACUGUCCUCCCUUGCAGUGUUCCACCUUGACCCGAACCUGCCUGUGUACUGCCCGACCCGGAUUUCCCAACAGCAUCCUGAAUGUACUGCAUUCUGAUCUGCUGCCAGCGUGUUAUCUACUGUAGCUGUUAAUGGAAGGAGGUGAUGGGACUCAGUCCCCCGACUUUGGGCAAGUCGUGCAGUCUCUCAGCACCUGAUUUCCCCAUCUGUUAAAUGGGGGUAAUGAGGCUUCCCUGUAUAAAGUGCUCUGAGAUGCUCAAGUGAAAAGCAGGAGACAAGAAAAUAGGGAACAGUUGACACCCGAGUCCCGUGUGCUCUCCCCACUGCUCACCCAGAGGCUGACUCUCUUGCUGGCUGUGGCUUUUUUAGCAGGUAGGAUGGGUUGUCAAUCAGAGAAAAGGCCAAGGAGGCCCCCAGAGAAGCAGCAGCCACAGCAGGAGGUGACUGGGUCAUCCAAGAACCUGCCCUUCUUGGGAAAAUCCUUCUACCUGGACCUGCCGAACAACAAGAACGUGGAGUUUCUGGUGGCGACAAUAAAGCAGCUGGGUGGGGUGAUUGAAAGCUUUUUGAGUAAAGAAAUCAGCUAUGUGGUUUCCAGCAGCAAAGAGGCCAAACUGGACGGUGGGCCUCGGAGACCGACUGAGAAACGGAGCAGUGCAGCUUCAGAGGAUGCCAGGGCAAAGACUCUGCCCUCUGCUGUGCCCAAAGGGAGCCAUGCAGGGCCUCACCACAAGUCAGCAGACAGUGCUCUGAUGAGCAGGGGGAAGGAGCUGCUGCAGAAGGCCAUGAGGAACCAGGUGAGCAGCACAGUGAUGGGCUUCCUCUCUAGACAGGACUCCAGCAGUGGCAGUAGUAUCCUUGCCAAUGCUCGCUCCUGGGGGGUUCGGAUCUUGCAUGUGGAUGAAAUGAUGGCCUAUGUGCAGCAGCUGCUGUUCCGCAUGUCGGGAGCAAGGAAGCAGAGUGAGAAGAUGAUGGUGAAGUGUUUCUCAGUGGGGCCAGGAGUCCUUAAAGUGGGAAGACUGAAGCCCCCGUUUCUGAAGAUUGAGGACCAGAGCAGGAAAUUCCGGCCCUUCCAUCACCAAUUCAAGAGCUUUCCUGACCUGAACUUCCUGGCACCAAACAGAUCCAGUCCAUUUGAGCCUCUCAAAACCCCGUCAAGCUCCUGCAGAGUCAGAGCCCCCGAGGGCUGUCUGACGCACAGUGAGAGAGAGGGGAGCCCCCGGUCUGGCCCAGCCGCCGUGCCCAAGAGGAGGAAGGGGUUUUGUGAAUGCUGUCAGGAGACCUUCGGGGAGCUGCAGAUGCAUCUCCAGAGUCCGCGGCACAGGCGGUUUGCGCUGGACUCCUCUCAGUAUGCAGCUGUGGAUCACGUCAUCGCCCAGCUCACCAACGACUUUACUGAGAUCCCAGUCUGGUCCUCCCCCACCAGGGUGUCCUGCUCUCUUGUGGCCAGCGACCAACUUUGUGGCUCUCAAGCAAAGGCCGUGGAAGGCCUGGGCGCACCAGCUGCAGAGCUGGGACGGAAGCACCAGCUGGCCAGGAAGGACAAAGCAGAGCUGCGUCUCGGUGCAGUGGCUGUGCUGGGCAGGGAAUGCUCCAUGAGCCCAGAGGAGAUGCCAAAGGAGAAGCUCAGCAAGCUCCCUCCUGCUCCAGAAUUGCCAGCUGGGCAUCCCCUGCUGGGGCUAUGGGCUGAGAUGCUGCGAACCAGGCCAUCUGCUAGCACAGGGCCAGCUGGGGGGGGCCGUGCUUGGUGUUGGAACACAGACCGGUCUGCCAUUGCCAGCAGCCCCCACUGCACUGUCUUGGCUACUGCUCCUGAUCUCAGCCAGUGGACCCAGGCCAGCAGUGGAUUGACUGGAGGGGCAGCUGCUUGCUCCCCUGAACUUGUUCCCCAGGAUGCGUUCGAGCCCUUGAGUCACCCCCUGGGAGCAUCACCCUGCUCCUGGAAACGCAAACUCUCCGACAGCCCUCACCUGCGGCUGGAAAAGAAGCCGAGGAUACGGCUGAGCAGCGACCCCCUGCCUCUGGAGAAGCAGACAGGCUCGGAGAGCUGCAGCUCAGUUCAUCGGGGUGUGGGACUGGCUGCGGAGGGGACUGCUGGCACUACUCCAUCUGGUGCUCCUGGAGCAGAGCUCUUGCUGCUUUCCAGCAGGCUCUGCAGCUUCCCUGCCUCAGUGAUGCCUCAGGACAGUGCCUAUGUGCUGCCAGAGACUCCCGAGCCUGUCCCCAUGGCUAUAGACAACACCGAGGCUACCCUGGCAAGCACAGCCACUCAGCAGGGCUGGGGGAGAGGGACUUCAGGCCUGCAAGAGGGGCAGCCUACAGAGAAGGCCCCGGAGCCUCCCUGCUGUGGGGCUGGCUCUGGCCUUGAGUUGCAAUCGCCUGCCUGGGACAAGGCCAGCUGUUCUGCAGCCCAGCCGGCCCUCCCACACCUGCCAGUCCCCCAGGGCAGGCGCUUGAGCUGUACUGAGGUAGCUGACGGUGCACCGCCCAAGCCACCUAACAGCACAGAGCUGGGCGAAAGCAUCGUCCAGCCUGCCCCUUGCAGCACGCACACUGGCCCAGAUCUGGGGCCAUCACCCUCUUCUUCUGAGUCUGACUGGGACGUCCAGCUGCUCUCCUCACUGGACACAGCGCAGGGCACCAGGAACCGGCCGGUAGACCUCGAGCUGCUCCAGAGGACCUGCAUCAACGUCCGAGACAGCGGCUACGAGUCCCAUCUCUACUCGGUCCUGAAGCAGAAGUCUGAGCUGGACUGGGUAGGCAGAGAUGACCAGAGCUGUCAGAAUUGUCGCGUGGAAACAGAAGGAGCCCCUUUCGCCGUGUUUGACGCCUGCCUGGGCAGCUGGACCAGCUAGCCACUCGCUGCACAGACCCCUUCAAGUACUGCGGCUCUUCUCUCCCCCAGCUCGGCUGCAGAGAUGGCUCUGGCAAACCACCUUCCCCAAGACCAUCAGAAGGCACAAGUCUGGCUGGAGACAGUCUGUGGGCAGUGGAAUAAGUACAGUGAUCGUUACUGGCUGCAAAUGGAGGGUGGGGCUGAGUCUGGAGGCUUCGGGCAAGACUUAUCUUGGUUCACUUGCGCGUGGGGCUCGGCCACAGGAAGGGCACUCCAACAGGGCAGUGCUAGCCCUGGUUUCCUGUGGGGACAGACCACUGAGCCUGGCCAGGCCAUGACCAGCAAGGGCAUGGCUCUCCUCCCCUCAAUGGG